CCCGCUCGAAUCCAACUGCUCCCUCUACUGUCUUCUUCCCCCACUUGGCUUCGCAUCGAUUCGUUUAAACCUGAAACCGACCACCGACACCGACUUUCCGAAACCUUAGUCCUUACGUCUCGUAUAUCCCCGAAACGAACAUCCGAACAAUCUUCUCGCUGCCGGAAGCACGGCAAACAUGGAUCUGCGAGAAAGCAUCAUCAACCAAACCGACGUCGCACUGGGGCUGACGAAGAAGCUGCUUCAGACCGAAGGCAAGCAAUCCAACCUUGUGUACUCGCCGCUGUCCAUCCACGUGGUGCUGAGCCUGAUCGCGGCCGGGUCAAAGGGUCCGACCCAGGACCAGCUCCUCUCGUUCCUCAAGUCAAAGUCCGCCGACCACCUCAACUCCUUCGCCGCCGAGCUCGUAUCCGUGAUCUUCUCCGAUGGGUCCCCCAGCGGCGGCCCCCAGCUGGCGUUUGCGAAUGGGGUUUGGGUGGACAAGCCUCUCCCUCUCAAGCCUUCUUUCAAACAGGUGGUGGACACUUCUUACAAGGCCGCUCUGGCCCAAGUCGAUUUCCAGACCAAUGCUGCUGAAGUGGCGUUGGGAGUGAAUUCAUGGGCUGAAAAGAAGACGAGCGGACUUAUCAAGGAGGUACUUCCUCCCGGGUCAGUUGACAGCUCAACCAGGCUCAUAUUUGCUAAUGCAUUAUACUUCAAAGGAGCUUGGAAUGAAAAGUUUGAUGCAUCGACUACAAAAGAGCAUGACUUCCACCUACUCGAUGGGAGCACAGUUAAGGCACCCUUCAUGACCAGCAAGAAGAAGCAGUAUGUAAGUGCCUAUGACGGUUUCUCAGUCUUGGGGCUUCCUUACAAACAAGGCGAAGACAAGCGGCGCUUUUCCAUGCACAUCUUCCUUCCGGAGGUGAAAGAUGGGCUGCCAGCUUUGGUUGACAAACUUGGUUCUGAGUCUGGCUUUUUGGAUCGCCAUCUUCCCAAAAGCCAAGUUGCAGUGGGCGACUUCAGAAUCCCAAAGUUUAAGAUCUCAUUCGGGUUUGAAGCUUCCAAUGUCCUUAAGGGUCUGGGACUGGUGCUGCCUUUCGGUGGUGAAGGAGGUUUGACAGAGAUGGUGGACUCGCCUGAGGGAAAGAACCUAUACGUUUCCAGCAUAUUCCACAAGUCGUUCAUCGAAGUGAAUGAAGAAGGCACAGAAGCUGCAGCUUCUUCUGCCGGCGUUAUAAAACUAAGGGGUAUUUCCAUGACAGUUGACUUUGUGGCUGAUCGUCCAUUCCUCUUCCUGAUCAGGGAAGAAAUGACCGGAACAGUUCUGUUCAUCGGGCACGUGCUCAACCCUCUUGCCGGCUGAGUGUUAUAUGAUUAUAUCCCCUGUAAAAGACAACGUGUGUACGUAGAAUAAUACGAGACUUUAGUAUUUCAUAUGUAUGAGCAUCGUAUAAAUGUGCUGUAUUUUAUUAUUACCUAAUCACCUGUACCUGCAGCAGUUGUCUUGUUUCGCCCAUGCGGCGAUUGUUGUUAUUUCUGCCACGGCUUUUAUCUAUUCGUAGAAAGGUAGUGUUAUUUACUUU